AUGGUGGUCGACGAAGAUGCUGCAAAACACUGGCUAGAUCUUCAACUCACGCUCCCUUUUAGAUGGACGGGAUCCCCGGCUCACUAUCAAGCCUGUGGAGGAGCUAUCACGUUCCUGGUGCAGCGUGGGAGCCUGGCCAGCCUCUCUCGAACCAGCCGCGACAAUGAGCCAUUUUACUGUUAUAUGUGGGUGGAUGAUCACGUCCUGGUGGAGGAGGACACGGGUAACCGCUUACUGCUCAGUGAAAUCGCGUUACGACUGGUCAUGCUUGCUGUUUUGGGGCCUCGAUCUAUCAACGAAAAGAAGUUUACGCCAUGGUAA